AAACUGAUGAAGGAUGCUUGUUUCUGGAUGGCCAAUCACGCUUCUGCUGUUCCUCCUGUUCAGCUCAGAUUUCUCCUCCCAUGCACUCUCCAACAAUCCUCCCAUCUCAGCCUUCUCUCAGUAUCCCACCGUCCAUCCCUUCCUUCAUCAGCCACUCUGGAGAGUCAGCAGAACGAGCCCGCUGCCUUCUGACGUUGUCACCCUCCACGCUGGUGGUCAGGUUUGCAGAUCCAGUGACUGCUAACUGCUCUGCACCAAGGAUGGAGUUUUCUGCUUUGGGCUGGUUAGUCCCAUUGGCGGCUCCUAAACCUACUAUGGAUCGUUUUUUGGUCUGGAGUGUUGACAGGAUGACCGAGUGGGGCAUCAAGCCUAUAUGCUAUGCACUAGCUGAACAGGGAGGGGAUUGCCACAUUAAUCUCCCUCUAACGAUCUACAAGCCUCCAGACAAUGUAUCCAUGAGCUUUGUUAACCACACUGGGCCGAUGGUGGAAGGCCAUCAGUACACACUACAGUGUACGGUUCAGGAUGUAGCUCCAGUUAAAAACCUCACUGUGACCUUCUACAGAGGACAGACACCACUGGGUUGUCUACAGUCCAACAACAACACAAAAAAGACUCCAGUGACCGAGAUCUUCACUCUAGACAUCACUCCCAGUAAAGAGGAGGACAGAGAUCAGUACUGGUGUGAAGCCAAGCUAGAACUGGGACCUGAAGGACCACAGCACCCCCCAGUGGCAAUUUCACAAAAACUCACUGCCAUGGUCCACUUUGGUCCACAGCUUGCUUGUCCUACGAAGCUACAGGUGAGAGAGGGAGAGCGCCUCACCUGCGAGGUGAGAGGAAACCCUCAACCUUCAGUCAUCUGGUUCAGAGACGGGAAGCUGGUUACUCCACCCACACACACAAGCAGAAAGCAUGCUGGAAAAUACACAAUCUUGGCAAAAGGACUUAAGAAGAAAAACUUUACAGUGGAGGUGGAGGUCCUUGACGGGAGUGGAACUGCAAGCAGAUGCAACAGAUGCUUCCUGUUGGCUGUCCUGCUUAUUCAAAUCACCUGGCUGUAAAACCCAACUAAAAUAAUGCAAUGUGAUUUUAAAUCAUUUUUUCUAUGCUGCUUGAAUGAACCACUCCUGCUGUUAAAAAAAAAAACCACAUUUCACACAGUGCUCUUUUGAAUUCCUGCCUUUAAGUGCAUCAUUUUCAAAACAUUUGAUUAGAAGCUCGAAAAUCUAAGAUACAUUUGAGGUACAUGUUAUGUUUCUAAACUUAACUUCGUGUUAUCUGGUAAAUUUCAUAUAUUCCAGAAUAAAAGGUGCU